AAUUUGUUCUGUUCAUUCAGGGGAUCGGAACCCGCUCCAAUAGCCGAGAAGAAAGCGAGCUCCAGCCGCGCAGCCGGACCGAUCCCAGGCCCCAGGCACCGGGGAGCCCAAGCAAGCGGCGGCUCCAUUAAGCAGAUAAACUGGCGACCUCCAUGGGAAAGAAGCAGAACAAGAAAAAGAUGGAAGAGGUUGUCGACGAGGAGGAGGAGGAGUACGUGGUGGAGAAGGUCCUGGACCGACGGGUGGUGAAAGGGAAAGUGGAGUAUCUCCUGAAAUGGAAAGGUUUCUCUGACGACGAUAACACCUGGGAGCCGGAGGAGAACUUGGACUGUCCCGAUCUCAUCGCAGAGUUCCUGCAGUCGCAAAAAUCCGCGUACGAGUCGGAGAAAACAGAGGCAGGCAAGCGCAAGGCUGACUCCGACACCGAGGUCGGCGAGGAGAGCAAACCCAAGAAGAAGAAGGAUGAAGUGGAGAAACCACGUGGUUUUGCACGCGGAUUGGAACCGGAGAGAAUCAUUGGUGCCACAGACUCCAGCGGAGAGCUGAUGUUCCUAAUGAAAUGGAAAAACUCAGACGAAGCCGACCUCGUCCCGGCCAAGGAAGCCAACGUUAAGUGCCCCCAGGUGGUGAUCUCGUUCUACGAGGAGCGGCUGACGUGGCAUUCUUACCCUUCCGAGGAAGAUGACAAGAAAGACGAGAAAAACUAAGUGCCCCCCAACAAUUCACCAACGAUCCACAGUUAGCGGGUGAGAUGUAUACGCCAGUCACUCACGCCAGAGUGAGGAAGGGGGAGAGCCGUGGAGGAUUCAGUCUGUCCUGAAUAUUUGGUAUGUAUUAUCGGCAGAAAUCCGGGGACACGUGGACAGGAGGAACCUAGCACAGGGGACACUGCAUCCUACAAGCUUCUCCUCCUCCUCCUCCUUCCCGAUAGUGUUACAAACUCUGCAUUUUUACUGAGUAGCAUGUCCAUUUAGUGAUGUCUGUGGGUGAGACGGUGAGGCCACGGCGGGAGGGGGGACAAAGCGCUUCGAUAUCAUUGUCACCCUGGAAAGAAGAAAGACAGUCCAACAGGUAGCUGCAGAUCCUUCUGCCUAGGAACUCGCCACGUGGGGCUCUUUGGGGACCCUGUAUAAGAACGGUUAUGGGAAUCUCAUUGCUGGGUGGGGGGCGGGUGUCCUGGCAGGCAGGAAGCUGAAACAGGUGCUGAUCCCAUUUUCUAACACUUCCCCAGAAUUCCUUCAAGCUGAGGCCCCGGGGUCUCUGCCAUCACGCUGUGACUACAUACAGAUUCAUUGUAUAAACUGUCAGAUUUGUAGUUUUUUUCCUUUUUUUUUUUUCCAGGUUUUUUUUUUGUUUUUUUUAAAAAAGCAUGUGUUUUAGGUUUGUGCAAACUUCGUUUUAAUGUAAAGUAAUUCUUAGCAUUUUGUCAGUCUGUCGUCCUAAUAAAACUUUUAGAUUUAUAA